AUGGCAAUACAGCAGAAAGUUAUGUACGAUCGCCAACUUGAUAAGGUUUUCGGUCUCGUUGACAUGGGUCCUGAGCAGCAAUCAUGUGCAACAACGCCUGAAGUGGCGAACAGGUUGUCGUGCUUCGUCCUGCGAGGGCUAUCAACUGCCUAUGUAAUAAGAGUUGGGUACUUCUUUACCCGGUGCCUGAGGAGUGAGCAACUUCGUUCUAUGACAAUGAAUGUCAUGAAGGCAGUCGAAGAUGUGGGUUUCCGUGUAGCGAGGAUUGUUACCGACGAUCACCAGUCAAAUGUUGCGCUCUUCAAGAGCCUUUCCGAGGACGGAAUGCUUGCGUAUGUAGUGCCAUAUCCAUUGCGACAAGGUGAUCCUCUUUUUUUGUCUUUUGAUCCGAAUCCGAAAUUUCGUGAUCUUGAAUGUAUGAGUGCAACCACAAAUAUUCUUGUGGAAAGAGAGAUGAUGGACGGAGAUAAUCUAAUUCAAGGUGGACUGUACUUGAAGAAGUUACUCAGCAUUCAGUCAAAGCUACUCGCAAAGCCAGUGAGGUUCCUAACACAGUCACACGUUGAACCGAACUUGGAAAAGAUCAAAGUGUCAAGGGCUACGCAAGUUUUCUCCCCAGUCGUAAUAGCAACGCUUGAGUUCCUACAUGAAAACCCGCAAUGCCACCCUGAUGCGACAGAACUUCAGGACUGUUUGCCCACCAUGACCUUCAUGAAAAUGGUGUCGAAGUGGUAUGACCUUCACAAUAUUGGCGCUGUGAAGCCGCGCGGUCAAAAGGAAGAACCAUUCUACUUGAUCGACGACGACCGUCUUUCGUGGCUUGAAGUAGACUUCAUCACGUACAUCGAGGAGAUUCAGCUUUCUGGUGGCAAAACAAAAAAGAAAAUGACAAAAGAAACAUGCGAGGCAACGAUAAUGACGACGAGGUCAACUGUAACAUUGAUUUCACAUCUAUUAGACAACAACUUUCGCUACGUCUUGACCCGUGCCUUGAACAGCGACCCCGUGGAGUCUCUCUUCAGUUGCUUUCGACAGUUUAACGGAGGCAACGAUAGAGUUGAUGCAAGAACCGCGGUCUUUACAGCAGCAAAGUUGUUAAAGGUUGCAAUCCUCCAAACUGGUAAGAGUGGAAACGCUCCCCAUAGCUCCGAAACAAAUGCACCUCUAAAACUCAAAGCCCGAGAAGGCAACACCGCGGCCGUGCCACUUGUGGUCGUCCUCGGUGCUAAGCGGCUUUCCUAUGAGCUAGAAGUAUUAAAUGCUUGGCUUGCUGUGCCGGAUGACCUCGAUCUAGCACCCCUAGUAUACCUGGCCGGAUACAUCGCGCGUGCAUGUGAGGAGAAGCGCACCAGCCAGUCUUAA